AAACAAAAACUCUCUCAACCAUUUUCCCUCUGUCUAACUUCUUCUCUUAUAUUUCUCUCUCUCUAGUGGCAAAGUAUGGCAGAUUGGGGACCUGUAGUGGUGGCAGUGAUACUGUUCGUGCUUCUGACUCCGGGACUUCUCUUUCAGAUUCCGGCGAGAGGUCGAAUCGUGGAGUUCGGGAAUAUGCACACCAGCGGCGCCUCGAUUCUCGUCCACACCAUCAUUUUCUUCGCUCUCAUCACCAUCUUCACCAUCGCCAUUCGUCUCCACAUCUAUACCGGUUAAUUUUACCGUACCGGAUUUGUAAUUUUUCGGUUGUCUGGUUGUCGUUGUGUUCUUCGUACCAGUUUGUUUUUCCUAUGUCUUUGUUUAGAAAUUCUCUGUG